CUCUCUGUGUGGAGUAGGAAAGUACAGCUGCUGUCAGGGGUCAGAUCUCAGCUGCUGUGCGCUGUCCCCAUGUCGGCAAAGAGAAAAGAUCCCGAUGAACAGGAUAGGAAGUGCCGUGGCAGGAGAAGGAAGAAGCAGCGAGGAGACGAUGCCGAGGAGCGCUAUGUGCCGCCGCCUACAAAGCGGAGACUCGGUGUGAGCUUCGGAGAGGAGCAUUUCCGGGAGGCCGAAUCCUAUGUGGAGAAUGGGCUGCGCAAAGUUCGCCCCUAUUACUUCGAUUUCGAGACGUACUGCAAAGGGCGCUGGGUGGGGAAGAGCCUGCUGGAGGUGUUCAGCUCGGAGUUCCGCUCGGAGCCUCUGGAGUACUACAAGCUGGCUGCUCAGGCUGGGAGACUAAAGCUCAACAAGGAACUGGUCACAGAUCUGAAUACUGUGCUCAAGGAUAAUGAUUUUCUGAGGAACACAGUCCAUCGUCAUGAGCCUCCAGUCACUGCACAGCCGCUACGUAUCAUAGCUGAGAGUGAUGAGAUUGUAGCAGUGGAUAAGCCUCCAUCCCUUCCAGUGCAUCCCUGUGGCCGCUUUAGACACAAUACUGUCAUUUUUAUUCUGGGGAAGGAGCACAAUCUGAAGGACCUUCACACCAUCCACCGACUUGAUCGCAUGACCUCAGGCGUGCUUAUGUUUGCCAAAACUCUUGAAGUGUCCAAGAAGAUGGAUGAGCUAGUACGUGGAAGACUGGUGGAAAAGCAGUAUGUAUGCAGAGUGACUGGUGAAUUUCCUGAAGAGAUGAUUACUUGUGAAGAGCCGAUACUGGUUGUUUCAUAUAAGAUUGGUGUAUGCCGUGUUGAUCCGAAAGGGAAACCUUGCAAAACUGUCUUUGAACGUCUCAGUUACAAUGGCAAGACUAGUGUAGUGAAAUGCUUCCCUUACACGGGUCGUACUCAUCAAAUUAGAGUCCACUUGCAGUAUUUGGGGCACCCUAUUGUUAAUGAUCCAGUCUACAACACUGAAGCCUGGGGUACCAACAGGGGAAAGAGAGGGGAGAUCAACAAAACAAACGAGGAGCUGCUACAGUCUUUAAUAGAGGAGCAUACAGCAAAACAGAGCCUGGAUAUUCUGGAUAUUACAGAAGAGGAUCUUCCUAUAGCUAUGAAAAAAAAGGAAAGUGAGGGAUGUGAACAGUGCCCUGUUUCAAGUGAACCUGUAUCAUCUGAGAGCGAUCAGUUGGGUACCAAAACAGACAAGGACAUUGAAGCUAGUGUUAAUGUGACAUGUGAUGUCCUAACAGAGGGUCCGACACAAGACACUGAUGGAAAUGUCAGCAGUGGUGUUCCUGAAGAAAGCAGACAUGAUUUAAUAGAUCCACUCUGCGGAGAAUGUAAGAUUGUGAGGUCUGACCCAUCUCCAAAAGAUCUUGUCAUGUAUCUUCAUGCUUUGCGGUAUAAAGGUGAAGAUUUUGACUUUUCUUCUGAAUUACCGGAAUGGGCAAAAGAUGACUGGGUGGAAGGUUGAUCUGAAAACAAG